AUGCCGCGGCUAGCUGGUUUCUCGGAUAACCCCUUCAGGACCAGAGAAGAUGUUCGAGCAGCAGCUUUGGCCUUGCUGCAGAACCUCUGUAAAUAUCAGAGCCCUGGAUGUGCCCGGAUUCGAGUUCCUGUCUCGACUGGUGCCCACUUCGAUGAGACAGCCGCUCAACUAGAAGGUUAUGCUCGACCUCUCUGGGUCAUGGGAGCACUUCUCUCGGGUGAAGCUGAGAGUGAUGAACUCGCGCAAAGCCUCGCCGAAUCUUUCGUGCGAGGUCUGGCCAAUGGCACGAGUCCAGACCAUCCAGAAUACUGGGGCCCUGUAGUCGGUCGAGACCAGCGGAUGGUCGAAAUGGAAAUCGUCUCCUUUGCUCUCCUGUCAGCACCUCAUGCCUUCUUCCACAAGCAAACGCCCGAAGCAAAAGCGAACAUAACUUCAUGGCUGAAGACGAUCAUUGGCAAAGAUAUGCCCACUACCAACUGGCUAUGGUUUCGCGUCAUGACGAAUCUCGCACUGAUAAAAGUCUGUGGGCUGCCCCAGGAGCCCAUUCGUUCUUUAAUGAAUGAUGAUCUCGAUGCUUUGGACACAUUUUGCCUCCAGAACGGCUGGGCGAGUGACGGUCCUUGGAGUGAUCAAGGACGACAAGCAGACUAUUACUCGGGAAGCUUUGCCAUACAAUUUUCCCAACUGCUCUAUGCCAAAUUCGCAAAAGACAUUGAUCCGGAGAGAUGCAAAACGUAUCUAGAACGGGCUCGCAAUUUCGCCGGUGACUUUUGCCAUUAUUUCGACACGGCUGGUGCGGCAAUCCCCUUUGGUCGGAGUCUGACCUAUCGCUUCGCUUUGGCUGGCUUCUGGUCGGCGGCCGCAUACGCAGAGGUUGAGCUCCCUCAUCCACUGGACGACCCUGGCGUCGUCAAGGGGCUUCUCCUACGCCAUUUGAGGUGGUGGUCUUCGAAGUAUGACAUUUUCCACGUCGACGGAACAUUGAACAUUGGUUUCCUCUACCCUAACAUGUUCAUGUGCGAGGACUACAAUUCCCCGCAGUCUGUGUAUUGGUGUAUGAAGACCUUGUGUGUCUUGGGUCUCUCAAACGCGCAUCCAUUUUGGAGAUCGAGAGAACAGGCUUUGCCAUCGGCCGGCAUCUCCCUGGCGAAGGCAAUGACAUCUCCGAUGCAUAUCGUAUGCAACACCGGCUCUCACCACUUCCUGCUUUCAUCGGGCCAAUUCUGUCCCUGGCCACUGAAAGCCACGGAAGCCAAGUACGGGAAAUUUGCGUAUUCCUCACACUUUGGAUUCAGUGUGCCAACUGGUCCGCUCGUACAACAGAUGGCUCCCGACAGCACUCUUGCUCUGAGCGCUGACGAGGGAGAUACGUGGAAAGUACGCUGGGUCCCCCUAGGGACCCGGUUUGGUACCGCGACGCUGGUAACCGGCGGCAAAACAGAAAAUGUUCCAGUGCUGAUAAGUUCCUGGAAGCCGUGGCGUUUAUUGGACGUGAUGGUUUCCACGGCAUUAAUUCCCCCCUCGGAUCAGUGGCCGCACUGGCACAUCAGAGUGCAUCAAAUCUCCACUGGGUCAGCAAAUACUCGUCCUGACGUUAUGUCUGUGGAAGGUGGGUUCGCGAUCUACGGGCGACAGAUGUCAGAUGGCCUGCCCAUACGGCCGAUGACCAUGGCAGACUUUGCUCGUUCAGAAGGACCGAGGGGGCCCUUGGAGGCGAUAUUCACCGACUCCGAUGGGUGCCUCGUCUGUUCGGCAGACGGUGCAAGCGGUAUUCGGAAGCUACAACCCAUAAGGACCGGGUCAUAUUCAAGGGCAUUGUUGUGCCAGUUAGAUGGGUUCCUCCUGAAGCCUGAUGCGAACACUAAUUUAAUGCGCCAACGCACGGUGAUUCCGACGCUCAAGGGUGUUAUAUCCUCCGACACAUAUGGGGAGGCGAGGAACUAUCUUAUGGCCGUUGGCGUGUUCGCCAUGGCAGAUCAGAGCGGCAACAUAAUUGAGAAAUGGAAUGCUCCUCCUGAUAUAUGCCUCGGCGAUGACAAAGAAUGUGGUGUUGAGGCUCAUAUAAAGCUCGACGGCUGGUGA